UUGCUUAUUCCACGAGCAGCCAUUGAAUGUCCUGUCUUGUAGAAGGAAUCGUGUCGGCGUCUAUUAUAUCGAGGUCACCUUUCCUGUUCCUGGUCUGAACGCUUCUGACUAUCUCAGGAAUAUUUGGUUUAAUUAAAUAUUCAUCCUUUCCUUUUGGAUUUCACCUCAGCCUCCAGGCAACUGCGUCUCGACCCGACUGUUGACAAAUGCUAAACAGCAGAUGACAGUGACAGGCGGGGUGUAGUUAACCGGAGAGAUAAACCUCGUGGAACGGCUGUCAUAAGCAGAUAAAGACGGACUCUAACGGUAGAAACUCGACAAUGUAGAGCAGAAACAGAUCCCAAAUGUGCCCGGCGAUGCUGACGUGACUGCAGGACGGAUCGGGCAUAACAACCACACACCCUGGAAUAUUUCUUUUUUCUCCCCGAUUAGUCAUUUAAACCGGACUACAAUGCGAUUUUUAAUCCGCAUGUCAAUGUGUACAAACAGAGGACGCUUAAACAAGCCUCCGCAGCACAGGACGAUGUGGCUCGCUGUUUCACCUGACACCCAGAGGAAGCGUACUUCGGCCGGGUCGAGAAGUUCGGCUUCCCCGCCAACCGUCUUCCUUCACCCGUCUGUCGUGUCGGGUCUCUCCUGCAGAGACGUGUCUUCACUCCGAUCGUACGUGUUCGUCAAGACACGGACAUCCUUAUGCACUCCCGUUGCCUUUGCCAGCUCCUCGGUCCCCUCCACAUCCGAAUCACUGAAGGGUCAGACCGACACCGAAACUGGGCACACACCGACCAAUGUACCCCUGGAGGACGUCAGGAGGAUUUUGCGACUCGCUCACCCGGAGAGAUGGAAACUAUCAACUGCUGUCGGCUUCUUGACCAUCUCCAGCGCCGUCACCAUGUCGGCGCCGUUCCUCCUGGGCAGAGUGAUUGACACAAUCUAUACAGCUGGAACAGACACGGAGGCAAUGACGUCCUCCCUCACAUCGCUGUGCCUCAUGUUGACUGGUGUGUUCUUGUGCGGUGGAGCAGCCAACGCAGCUCGAGUCUACCUCAUGCAGGUUUCAGGCCAACAGAUUGUCCGCAAUCUCCGCGCCUCCGUCUUCUCCUCCAUCCUCAGACAAGAAGUGGCGUUUUUCGAUAGGAACAGGACGGGCGAGCUGAUCAAUCGCCUAUCCGCAGAUACGGCCGUAGUCGGACGCUCCAUCACCGACAAUCUGUCCGACGGCCUGAGAGCCUCGGCCCAGGCCAUCGCUGGCGUCAGUAUGAUGUUCUACGUCUCUCCCAGCCUGGCGAGCUUCAUGCUCCUGAUCGUGCCCCCUUUAGCCGGGGUGGCUGUGGUAUACGGCCGAUAUCUUCGUUCCAUCUCCAAACGCACGCAGGAUGCGCUGGCCCAAGCGACGCAGUUGGCAGAGGAGCGAAUCAGCAACAUGCGGACCGUCCGAGCCUUUGGUAAAGAACUGUCUGAAGUCGACACGUACACACAGAAGACGGAUGAGGUCCUCAAACUGGCCAGGAGCGAGGCCGUACUACGUGCUGCCUUCUUUGGAGUGACUGGUCUCAGCGGUAACCUCAUGAUCCUGUCCGUGUUGUACAAAGGAGGCCUUCUAAUGGCGAGCCAGCAUAUGACUGUUGGAGAACUUUCCUCAUUCCUCAUGUACACCUUCUGGGUUGGCAUCAGCAUCGCAGGUCUGAGUACGUUCUACUCUGAGUUGAUGAAGGGCUUCGGUGCAGGAACGAGACUGUGGGAGCUGCUGGACAGAAAACCAGAGUUCCCUCUUAAUGAAGGUCAAGUUCUUCCUCCAAAUCAACUGAAGGGCCGCUUGGAGUUUCGCGACGUCUCCUUUUCCUACCCGACCCGUAAAGAUGCUCCCAUCUUCCAUAACCUCGAUCUUCUGGUGCCCGCUGGAACAAUCAUGGCUGUGGUGGGAUCAAGUGGAUCUGGAAAAUCAACUUUAGUAUCGCUGCUGCUCAGGCUGUAUGACUGCGACUCAGGUAUCAUCACUGUGGACGGUUAUGACAUCAGAGACUUGAAUCCCUACUGGCUCAGAAGUCAAAUUGGAACUGUCAGCCAGGAGCCAGUGCUGUUCUCCUGUUCCAUUAGAGAAAACAUAGCAUAUGGCGCUACAGAGCCAGAAGCGGUGACCACAGAGGACAUUUACAAGGCAGCCCGAGUCGCCAACGCAUAUGAUUUCAUCCAAGCUUUUCCGAAAGGCUUUGAUACUGUGGUGGGGGAGAAAGGAGUGCUACUGUCAGGUGGUCAGAAGCAGAGGAUAGCCAUUGCAAGAGCUCUUCUUAAGAAUCCGAAGAUCUUGCUGUUGGACGAGGCCACCAGUGCAUUGGAUGCCCAAAACGAGUUCCUGGUGCAGGAGGCUUUGGAGCGACUUAUGGAAGGGAGGACGGUCAUCAUCAUCGCUCACCGCCUCUCCACCAUCCAGAACGCCAAUGCGGUUGCAGUUCUGGACCAGCGCCGUGUAGCUGAAUGCGGCCAGCGCACGGAGCUGCUGGGAAACCGACAGGGAUUGUUCCGAAAACUGAUGGAGAAACAAGCUUUUCUGCAGGAGGAGCAAAAACGGGCCCUGAGUUAAUUCUCGACAAAUGGAUGACAGAGAGGUUUGAUUUAUGGCUUGGGUGGACAUCCUUUAACCAAGCGACAACAAUGUGAGGAAAAACCCAAACAAGUACUGACUGUUUACUACCUUAGUCUGUAAAAUAUUAUUCCCCACUGAAGGCACUGUGGUUUUUAAUGAAUGUACAGUGUAAUUCAGUUCUAAAUUACAUUACAUGUUAAUGUAUAAGCUGUGCCAAACACUUUUUUUUUAUAGAGGAAAGCUGGAAUAUGACAGCACACUGAUUAUUCUUUUUUCCCAGAACUACAGAAAAUAGCAAGACAUGUGUAAGCACUGCUAGAUGUAUAUUUAUGUUUUGUGUGUCUGUUUUGGUGGAUGAUUUAACUUGACGCUCACACGUAGAGCCUUUUUAGCGUUUAUAGUGAAUUUAAGCAUAUGUGGUGUUAAUAGUGUUUGUGAUUUUUUUAUGAGCACGUUUGAUCCUCUAAAUACAUGCGUGUUUCCUAUAGUAAUUAUCUUUCUAUUUUAUUACACAAGUGCCAACUGAUUUUGUAUUGAGAUGUACUUAUUGAGAUCUGAUAUUUUGCUACAGUAAUUUACUUAUUUAAGAAAAGACCACAAUAUAACACAAUAUAUUUCAGGGUCAAACUGUCGGCAUUAUCAAAUCUGCCUGUUUUUUUGUUUUUUUUCCUUUUCAGUAAGGCCUGCUACACACCAGAACAAAUGUCCCUCAACUGUUGUGUAGUGUGCAGUGUUAUACUAGUUUCCUUGAGUCAUGGACUAAUGUUUUGCUGAGAUUCAAAAAUUCAAAAUCGGAUGUGAACCGCAACAUCGCAAUUAAAAGUAAUUAUUAAUAAUUUUCUAAUAUGUUCUUUAACCAUAGAACCACAAAUAUUAGACCUCAAAAUGGACAGUUGAGGGACAUUGCUGAUAUCGCUUAUUUUAUAUCGCGUAGUUGUCAGCUGCUCACAUGAAUCGGAAAUUUCACUAAAGGACUAUGAUUUGAAAUUACAACUUCAAUUCUAACAUCUGCGUUUCACAUUGAUGGUGUUUGAAAACAUACGUGUAUGGUAAAUAUGUUACUGCUAUGUAUGUUAUGGGUUUUUAAAUGAUCUAUGUUAUAUUUUAAAUCAUGUCUCACUAAAUUAUUUUAGUUUUGUGUCAAAGAAUAAAGUGGAAUAUGUGUAGAUUUUGAA